AUGUGUGACGACAUGGCAAGAUCACCAGAUCUUACUGAUAGAGAUCCUCGAAGAAAAAUGUGGAACUUUCUCUCUCCUAUCGCCUUGUUUGCGUCUAAGGGGAAUAAAAACGGUAAAAAUGAGCUUGUUCCGGUGGCCAUUCAAAUGGAUUAUAAACCAGGUAAAAUGCUAAAUACAUGUGCCGGACUGACUGAGAUAGUUAUCUGCCAAAAAUUUUCGUCAAUACGGGGAAGGGAUACUUUAACAGUAUUUUACACCAGUUUUAAAAUUAUUUCUCCAAACUGGUCUUAACUAGGCUUUUUCGCUGAAGUUUUACAAAGUUAUAUAAUGUGGUUGAAAUUGCCGCGCUUGCGUGUGUACUACGUAAUAUUAUACAAGAUGGGUUUGGCUCAGUGAUCAGAGGCCAGGAGAGCUACCAGUUAUACCUGUCACUUUUGUAUAGGAAACUCAAACAGUAGACUCUAAACCUGAUUUCACUGUAAACAAUAUUAAUUCCUCACUCUCUUCCAAUAGUUUUUUUUUUUUUUACCAUGUUGUUUUAGUUUUCAAGGACCACUCAGUGAAUGUCCGUCGAAAAACCCGGAUAAAAAUUAGACUUGGGAAUCUGGAAAGAGUAACUUCGGAAAUAAUAAUAAUAAUAAUAAUAAUAAUAAUAAUAAUAAUAAUAAUAAUAAUAAUACAUUUCAUUUCAAUAAUAAAAAAAAACUGUCUUGGAGAUUUUAAGUUUUCAAAGAAAGUUGACGAUUUUUGUUUUUUUAUCAUUAUUAUUAUUACUUUAUUUUUCUAUAUGUAUUUCAUUCCUUUGUGUACAAUAGUCCGAUUUAAUGGCUCCUUCAACAACAAUAAUAAUAAUAAUAAUAAUAAUAAUAAUAAUAAUAAUAAUAGUAAUAAUUAUAAGAAAAGAAUAUACAGUUCCGCAAAGUCGAUAAAUCUUAAUAACGGCGGUAAAUAUGUAGACGAGUCUAGGAGAUUCAUUUUACAUCUUUAUUUAUCUUUUUUGCAAUUUGACAGUAUGCCGGGUCAACUUAUAGUAUUAACAUUGUAUUCUUUAGAUUCAGCCGUGUACACUCCUGAAGAUGACGGCAACUGGAUGCUGGCUAAGCUUAAUGUCCAAAUCACAGAUCUCGGCUACGCACAAAUCGUGGAGCACCUCGCAAAGGUGAUGAUAUGAAACUGUUGUACAUAUUUCAUAAUUGCCUGUUUCUAAGACUCGUACAAUAAUAAUAAUGAUACUAAAUGAUACUGAUAAUGAAUGUUACUGAUAAUUAUAAUAAUAUACGCUAUAUUGCUUGAAUUUUUUCUUUUUAAAGAUUCAUUAUCUGAUGGAGCCAUUUUGUGUCAUCCUAAAACGGACCUUUUCAUCCCAGCAUCCUCUGCAUCAAAUACUCAAGUUUCAUUGCCGAGAAAUAACUGUCCCAAACACAUUUGGAACUCCAAAGCUUGUAGACGAGGCACAAUUUAUGGAUUUGCUCUUUGCACAUGGCAAUACCGGCACCACAAGGCUUCUGAAAGACUCUCAUAAAGUAGCCACAUGGGAGGUGACAAAUUUGAAAGAAGAAGUAAAGGUUUGUUCUCAUACUAUCUUACUUUCUUUGGUUUCAUCAAACAGAGCUGUGACGUGGAAUGUAGCCAAAUUCAGACAAUGGUAGCUUAAAUGAGCAGUGUGAGCAAACACAAAAGGAGAAAAAAGAACGAAGAAGUUUAAAACUGAUUGCAAUCGGGGUGUUAAAAAACUAGUUUUCCUCGCUCUAAAGGUUUUUCAUAUGUGUUGUUUAUAAGUGUCGGUGAAUAAUUAUAAUGCUUGGGAGGCACGAAGCGCGCGCUAGCGGAGCACUACGGGUAAGUAAAUCUACCCAUCCCAGGACAUUUGGUAAUCACAUGACCGUACACCGAACGAACGAACGACCGUCCGUCCGCACCGCAGGCAUACCAAUGUUUAAUCUCACACUUUCUGGCAAGUUUGGGAGCACAGGACAACUGAUAUUGUACACAUAUUGCACAUCAAUUUUGUGAUCAAUUGGCAGCUGUCAAAACAGGAUAUCCACUGACUAGUAUCACCUGACCGUAUCGCGGGCUCAGGUGUCCACCCAUGAACAUGAGUUAUCCAUUGACCGGUUACUAGUUUUCAAACGAUCGCAGGCUCAAGCUUAUUUCUUUUUUCAGACUCAUAUGAAAUAUGUUGUGUUUAUGUGCCGCACAAUUAAAAGUUUGAUUUCAAACUGAUCUCGGACGUGAAAAUUCAGCCAGCUAUUACAGGCAGGGAGAACAGUUGCUUUUGACUUUUCUCACCAUGGUCUUGCGUUGGUCACGCUCUACGCCUAAUUUUUAUACCCUGAUUGGUCAAAAUUUGACAGGUGAGUUCAUGUGGAAAAUUUAUGCAGCAUCUUGAAUCUUGUUUACUUUGACAGCUGAAGCUGACAGAGUUUUGUGUCAACUUGUGAUGUUUUGAAACGUCUUUUUCUACUGGAUGUACAAAAUGAAAUUCAGCUGCAAUCAAGAGUCUACUGUUAUUCAUGGCUAGUUUGUUUAUUGGGUUUUUGGUUGAGAAAUACGUCGCUUGUCAAAGUUGGAAAUCUGAUUUCGGAUGGCACUGUUUUCGUUUUUCACCUUGCUUGAUGCGUAAUAGAGGUCGUAAGAGGGUUAAAAAGUCUGAAGCGAUUCUGGCCUUACUUGAUAGCUUCCGGGAGCUGCAUCUCGAAUGGUAAGCCUGAAUAAUUAUUGUAUUUGAUGUUUGUUUUUAAUAUCUUAUUUAAUGAAGUCGAGCGUAGUUUAUGCAUCUAUUUAGUUUAUGCGCGUUUGUGAGACUUGAGACAAUGAUCUGACCGAGAUCAGGUUUGAUAUAAGCUAACAGAACUUUAAAAAGCCUUUAGAAAUUUUCUCACCGCAAAUAGAAAGAAAAAGUUCCAAAGAGUAUUUCAUUAAAAUUCUGGCUGUAAAAUAAAACUUUGAGCGAUUUUCUUGGCUCGAGUUCAUCUUUGAAAAAAGAAAACACCGGGAAGCGGGCUUAAAACAUAAAGUUAAGCUUUAAACUUGAAGACUCAGGAUUUUUAGAGACACUUAAAUACUUGUCUUCGUGAAUGAAAAUUGUUGUCUCUGUAUAUGUUUCACCGAAUUAUAUUUCAUUAUGGAUUGUCAGUAGUCUCUCUUGCAAUUAUAAUCGCUGUGCCGUUUGUUUUCAGUCCUUCAUGAACAUCGAUUGCAGGAGUUAACUCAAAACGCCGCGCGUAACGCUUUUGAAGUUGGCACAUCGUUAUAAAACCACUAAAUAAAAAAUAAACUCCUUAUUAUGUUGAAGCGUAAUUCUAUUAAUGUUCCUUCAACACUCCACAGCUCGCAACCGGCUGGCCGUAUAGGUGAUUUUGGAAAGUUUUUCUUAGCGGUUUCGCUAAAAGCCCACGCAUUCUUAGAUCGUCCUGAAUAUUGAAUGAGCGCAAUUUGUAUUUCAAAAUUGUGAAAUACUGCUGUCCGAGGUCUGUAUGAUAAAAAUAGUGCCUCAUAGUACUAUUUCACCUCAGAUGGGAUGUAUAAAAAGUAUAAUAGGUUGGUUUACGCGCCCCCAGAUUUUGUAAAGUAAACUUGUUGAACGCAAAAAAUUCGGCCUGAUUUGUUUCCCAAGAAUUUGUUUUCCAGGCCUAAUCUACUGUGAUCAAGAGCCAUUAUGUCUCUUAAAUGUGAUCGAAGAUGGUUCCUAUUUUUUGGGUGUACAUAGAAGGCUAUCAACUCGAUGUCAGAUUUGGUUCACUCUUGGACUAUUUGCAAAUUAUUUUUCUCUAAAUUAAAGUAACUUAGCCCCUCCCUCGAAAGUCAUAUGAAUGUGCUCUAAAGUUUACUGAUUUGUGAAAUACAAGUUUAUUGUUUGAUUUAAUAAACUUAUCAAUGAGAGCUUCGCUUUUAGCCCAGGCUAAAUCCAUUUAUUAUGAUACGAAGCCGAAUUCAAUAAUUGUUUUAUUAUUCAUUCAAAAUAAUUCCUAGUUUAAAAACAAGCUAAAACCCGCUUACCUACAUUAAUGUUAAGUUCAUCUCGAUAGUGCAUGUGUGUGUCGAGAAGUUUAGGAGAUAAAGGGCUGUUCAGGUUCUUCGAUACUAUGACAUGAAGGAAUACAAAACUUUGAAUACAAUUUUUUUCAAGGAUUCAUUAGUUUGAGGAAGUUACUGCAUGACCAAUAAUAGCUUCAUAAUAACAUAGCCAAUUUUUUUUUCAGAUAUUAUAAAGACGAUAGAGCUGUCCAGGAAGACAAGGAACUCGAGGCUUUCCUCAAUGAACUGUCUCUCAACGGAACUGGAGAGAAUGGCGGAAUUGGAAGAGUAAGUAUCAGUAUACCAAUUAAUAUUAGUACCUUCAUUGCGUACAUUAACCCGUAAAGUGACUUUUAGAAAAUCAGACAACUUUGGGUGCAAUGAAAAUCAAGAGUGCUAGCAGUCCCUCCAAAAUGAAUAGUAGUCCCUCCAAAUUCCUUUGUAGUUUCAUAGGGUAAGACGAACACGUACUUUUUCAACGGGUGCAUUUCAUUUAAGAUUUGUACAACGCAGUUACUUUGAAAGUGCUAAAACUUGCACUACUUCAAAUUUACAAUUAAUCACAAUCGUUGUCCGGCCUGACGAAAAGUUUCGAUCACCACGUUUUUUUGGAGACGACCGAGCCUAUCCGGACGAUAAUAAUGGAAGCCAAGCCAAAGGGAAUGGUUAUUUUUUAGAGCUUUCCUGGUUAACCCCUUGUUGCUCAUCAGUUUUGGUAAUUUAGGUGUGUUUUAUUGUCUAUAAACUUUACGGUUUUAGGUGCGGUUGAGUAACAAAUAGAUAAUGAUUUCUUCAAGCUUGGCGACCAAAACGUUUCCGCGAAAACUGAUGUCAAAUUGUCGGGUACUUCUACAUUCUUUAUUUAAGCCACUUUCACUUAAAUAACCGACAGAUACAAAAGUUCCCUGCAAGAAUUGACUCCAAAGAAGAACUCUGUGAUGUUGUUACCCGGAUUAUCUCACACCUAAGCCUGCAGCACACCGCAUGCAACUACCUGCUGACAGACUAUGCCGUGUACAUCCCUAAUCUGCCAACGAAACUGUACAAUGAUACCAGAGUUAAAGAGGGUGAAUUUUCUGUUUACCGACUCCCAAACAGGUUUACAUCUGCGGUAGGCACAGCGUUCAUAUCUAAGAUUAUUAAACUUAAAUUUCAUUGCCCUUAUUAAAAGUUUAACUUCGAGUGGAUAGUUAUGACUAAUAGAUCCCGAAAAUAUAAAAGCUGAGGCUAUCGUUCGACCGAAAAUUUACAACCGCGGCUAAAUAACCAAGUAAUAUUAUUCACGAUAUGACAUAAUGUUGACUUUGUUGAAAUUAUUUUGCGCCAUCUGUGCUACUCUGCGAAAAAUGACUUUUGAUUCUUAGGUAACAUUCUUUUUUACCUGUAUUUAAAAGGAGAAACUAAAUGACUGGGGAAUAACUAGAAAACGUACAAGCUAAAUUAGCCUUCAGGCUCAAAUAAUGCCUUUGAAAUUAUCUGUGUCUAUUUUUUUGUUCAUUUAUUAGUAAAUUGACACGAAGAGCAAAAUAAUGAUAGUCUAUCCAUCUAUUGAAAAGUUGGUCAGCCAGGAGCUUAAUGACUGUUUUUUUUUUUUUAGAUUAUAAUUUAAUGAAUUAAAUUUAAUACCGUAACUAUACGUUUUUGCUGAAGCGAUUUAAUUUGUUUUUUUAACUUUUCAGAUUGAGGCAAGCUUCAGCAACUCGUUAGCAAGUUUCCGCUUUGAUUCACUGUUUGACUACGGCGACAGUCUUGAGGACAGUAAGGCCGCUAACAUUAUCAACAAUCACUACAGCUACUUGAUGCGUGUUGUUCAGCCCAAACUGCAAGAAAGGAACGAGAAACGGAAGGACAAGGAUGACCUCACAUAUCCCUACUUCAUUCCAAGAUGGAUUCCGAACGGAGUUCAGACCUAGUUCAUUGGGGUUGCUUUUUUUGUGUCAUUCUAUGGGAUGUGUGUGAUAACAAAGGCACGCUUAGAUAUU